UACUUCCGGCUGCGAGAUGGCUAGGUUCCCGGGACUCGAACGGAAGUUCCGGCGGGGGCGGCAGAGGGGGAAGAGUGUGUGUCUGUGCCGGAGAAAGGGGAGAAUCGCCCGAACGGUCUCGGAAGCCCCUGGGAGUGAGGCCCAGCCUGCAGGAAGCCCUGCAGUGUAUGUGUGGUAACACCAUGUCUGUGCCCCUGCUCACCGACGCUGCCACCGUGUCUGGAGCUGAGCGGGAAACGGCUGCGGUUAUUUUUUUACAUGGACUUGGAGACACAGGGCACAGCUGGGCUGACGCCCUCUCCACCAUCCGGCUUCCUCAUGUCAAGUACAUCUGUCCCCAUGCGCCCAGGAUUCCUGUGACACUCAACAUGAAGAUGGUGAUGCCUUCCUGGUUUGACCUGAUGGGGCUGAGCCCAGACGCCCCAGAGGACGAAGCUGGCAUCAAGAAGGCAGCAGAGAACAUCAAGGCUUUGAUUGAACACGAGAUGAAGAAUGGGAUCCCUGCCAAUCGAAUCGUCCUGGGCGGCUUUUCGCAGGGUGGGGCCCUGUCCCUCUAUACAGCCCUUACUUGCCCCCACCCUCUGGCUGGCAUUGUGGCAUUGAGCUGUUGGCUGCCUCUGCACCGGAACUUCCCCCAGGCAGCCAACGGUAGUGCCAAGGACCUGGCCAUCCUUCAGUGCCAUGGGGAGCUGGAUCCCAUGGUACCUGUUCGAUUUGGGGCCCUGACAGCUGAGAAGCUCCGGUCUGUCGUCACGCCCGCUAGGGUCCAGUUCAAGACAUACCCAGGCGUCAUGCACAGCUCCUGUCCUCAGGAGAUGGCAGCUGUAAAGGAAUUUCUGGAGAAACUUCUGCCUCCGGUCUAACUAGUUGCUGGCUCCCAUUGUGGUCCCCCAGCUCACAGGGGACCCAGCAAGCAAACGCCACACCAUCUCGGAUCUGAGCCGGUCGAGCCCCUGUCCCUUCUCUUCCCACCCUGUCCUCUUCCCACAGGCCUCUGGGGCAGGUGGCCGAGGCUGGCCAGGCCUUCCUGCUGGACUCGGCCAUCUGGAAAUCAGCAGCAGGGGUGGGCUGCUUUCUUAUCCCACGUCCCCAGAGACGGGCUCCAGCAGCAGUAUUGGAGGGGCUGUAGGCAGCGGGAGAAAGGGGCCCAGCUGCUGACCCACUCAGGACCUCACUCACUAGCCCCGCUUUGGGCCCCCUCCUGUGACCUCAGGGUUUGGCCCGUGGGGCCCUCAUGGCCCCCUCCACCCCAGUGAUUCUGCCCGGAUAAUCGCGUCUCCUGCCUCAACUGCAGCU